AUGGCCCCUCACGGCACUGUCCUUCUCACCGGCGGUACGGGUAAGGUGGCCCGUUUCAUUGCGCCGCUUCUACACGAAGCUUCAAUUCCCGUACGCAUUGCUACACGCUCAGGCAGCACACUUGAUCCUACAAAGUAUCAAGGCGUUACUUUCGACUGGUCUGACUCUUCAACAUGGGAGCCGGCUUUUGCCAAUAUCUCAAGUCCGGUUUCUGCAGUAUGGAUCGUGAUACCUGAUAUGUCUAGCCCGGCACAUGUAGCACGAGAAUUCGUCGAUCUAGCCCGAAAGAAGGGUGUCAAUAGAUUUGUUCUACUCAGUGCGAGUGCGAUCGAAAUUGGGGGAUUCGGCCCAGGGCAUCUACAUCAGUACUUGAAAGAACUUGGAGAGAAAGAGAAUCUCGAAUGGGCAGUGAUACGACCAACGUGGUUUCAAGAGAACUUCGUAGAGCAUGAAAAUCAUGUCCGAUCCAUCAAGGAGGAUAACAAGAUAUACUCAGCAACGGGUCCAGGAAGGGUUCCUUGGGUUUCUUGCCGCGACAUAGCUGCUGUGGCAUUUCAUGCACUUACAGCCAACGAAUUACUAGACCGAGACUUGCUAGUUUUAGGAGACAAGCUUUACACUUCUACUGAUCUCGCCUCCAUCUUCACUCAAGUCCUAGGUAGAGAGAUUGUGUAUCAAGAGCUCUCGACAGAUGAGUUAGCGAAACGUCACGAGUCCUUUGGGCAGCCAAAGGAGUUCGCCAAGUUUUUGGGCAUUCUGGACACGGGCAUUAAAAACGGAGCUGAAGACCGAGUGAACGAUGUCAUCUUCCGGGUCACAGGUAGGAAGCCCAUCAGCUUCUUCGAUUUUGUUGAAGAAAACAAAGACACCUGGAUGUAG